CAACAAAAAAAUGAACAGCAUACGGCAAAUUCAAGAACUCAAUAAGCGCGAGCUUGAAAAUGGAGUGUGAGUUAUUUAGCGCAAUCAUCCGGGCAUUUUCUGACACUUUAUAGCUCACCAGAAGCAUCAUGGCAUACCGAUUAUCGCGAUACCGCAUAUAUCUACAUCGGCGGACUCCCCUACGAACUCUCUGAAGGAGACGUAAUUACAAUAUUUUCCCAGUAUGGAGAACCUACAUAUAUCAAUCUCAUUCGCGACAAAGAAACAGGAAAAUCCAAAGGAUUCGCAUUUCUAAAAUAUGAGGAUCAACGGAGUACGGAUCUUGCAGUAGACAAUUUGGGCGGGACUGUCGUGAUGGGGAAAACGCUGAAAGUAGACCAUACACGCUACAAGAAGAAGGACGACAAGCCAGACGAAGGAAUUGAUCUUACGGAUCCACCAAAGGAAUUUGAAGACGAUGAGGAGGGACCACGAAAGCGACGGCGCACAAGUGAGAGCGAGAGCGAGGCGGAGAGACCUAUGAUUAAGGAGGAGCGAGAAUUAGCGAAGCUGGUCCAAGAACAUGAUGAGGAUGAUCCAAUGAAGGCAUACCUCAUCGAGCAGAAGAGAGAAGAAGUGGCGCAAGCAUUGGCUAGACUCAAACCUAGCAAAUCUUCGAAGAGCAAACAUAAACACCAUCACCGCUCGCGACGGACAGAGAAAGAAGGAAAGGAUAGCAGGAAAGAUGAGCAUAGAAGUUCCCGCCAUCACAGAGAUGGACAUAAAAGUAGGAGAUCUCGAUCCAGGGAUCGUUCGCCCAGAGAAAGCACUCGUCGUAGAGACAAAUCACCUAGGAGGACAGACAAAGAUGAUUCCAGAUCUAGAAGGAGGAGUUCAAGUCCUGGCGGAGAACGACGGGAUCGAGAUACUCAUCGAAGAGAAAAAGACCGUUCUAGGAGGAGUAGAAGUAGGGAUGGUUCUGGUGAGAAGGAUCGAAAAUCGAGAAGGGCUUACGAUUAA